CGUCUGCGCGCUCCCUCCCCUCUCCUCCCCCUCUGUCCUGCCGUCUCCCGUCGAGGCACUUGUGCCCUUCCUUUCUGUCGUAUCAAUUGGAGGGUUCUUGAAUCUUGAAAAAUGUUGGCACGGUCCGCCCUUCGCAGUGUGCCCUCCCGGGCUAUCGCUCGCCAGACCCUCUCCAAGACGUCUACCAGGGCGUCUUCCUCGACCGCCGGUGCCGAAUCCGCCAGCUCCCCUUUCAACCUCACACUCACCGCGUCUGCCGCAACCGCCGCUGCUAUCGGGUCUGCUGCGUGGUACUAUCAUCUCUAUGGCCAGGAAGCUUUUGCGAUGACACCUGCUGAGGAGGGGUGAGUGAAUCAUGGGUGCUCUUUCAUGGAUAGGCCAUCUGCUAGUCCAUUCCGUUCAUCCGACCGCAAUGUUUUGCCUGAUCAGAGGAAAGAGAACAUUCUGAAGCUGAUAUCUUAUUUCACCCUGCAGAUUGCACCCUACCCAGUACCCCUGGGAGCACCAGAAGUGGACCAAGACAUUUGACCACCAAGCGUGAGUGCCAAGCAUCCCUCGUUUUUGGAUGAUACGUUUUGCUCAUAGAUUUAUUUAUCCCUCUUGCAGCCUUCGCCGUGGUUUCCAAGUCUACCGUGAGGUCUGCGCCAGCUGCCACUCUCUGACCCGUGUGCCAUGGCGUUCGUUCGUUGGUGUCACGCACACCGCUGAUGAGAUGAGAGCCUUCGCCGAAGAAUACGAGUACGACACUGAACCCAAUGAUGAGGGUGAAAUCGAGAAACGCCCUGGAAAGCUCUCCGAUUAUAUCCCACCCACUUAUAAGAACGAGGAGGCCGCUCGUGCUGCCAAUGGUGGUGCUCUGCCCCCUGAUCUCAGCCUGAUCGUCAAGGCUCGUCACGGUGGUUGCAACUACAUUUUCAACCUCCUGACCGGCUACCCUGAUGAGCCUCCGGCUGGCGCCACCGUUCAGUCUGGACUGAACUUCAACCCUUACUUCCCUGGAACUGGUAUUGCCAUGGGCCGUGUUCUUUUCGACGGCCUCGUCGAGUACGAAGACGGUACUCCUGCUACCACCUCCCAGAUGGCUAAGGACGUGGUCGAGUUCCUUAACUGGACCGCUGAGCCUGAGAUGGAUGACCGUAAGAAGAUGGGUCUGAAGGCUUUGACUGUCCUGACUGGUCUGUUCGCUCUCAGCGUCUGGGUCAAGCGUUACAAGUGGUCCCCGAUCAAGACAAGGAAGAUUGUCUACAACCCUCCUGUCUCCCGCCGUUAA